AUUUGAACCGCACAUUGCACCACUUGAACUCAUUCUACUACAAGUUUGCCUUUGAUCCAAAAUAAACACCUCAUUCUAGUCAUAUUACUUACAUUACUGCUGCAAUCUCCAUGUCUAACAUUAUGAAUCCUAUUGAUGACCCAUCAUACAACAUCAAUGCUACUGAGCAAUCCUUCGGUACCGACAAUAUGGAGCCCGGCCACGGUGCCGGUUCCUGGAGACAUGUGGGUGCUGGUCACAGCCCAUACAGCAAGAAUUCUCAACCCAUGACCACGGCUGGAUCCCAGUCGCUCAAUCUUGGUGACGAUUUUCACCAUAUGGGGGAUGAUAACAAUAAAUUCAAUGGUCUUGGCACCACCACUGCACAGCCAGCGGGCCGGGAGGUGCCGGACCCAAGCUUUGAAUCGCCCGCUGCAACCUUGGAUACCGGUCUCGCCCCGUACAGCAACAACUCUCAUUCCACGGGCACGGUUAAUUUUCAGCCGGGUAAAUUCGAUGGCGAUAAUCACUACGUGCUGGGCAAUGGUCUCCGGAAAGAUACACCAGGCGAAUCGGCGCGACACAGUGCUGUCAGUUCAUCGAAUGCUACUAACAGUGGAACCACCCAACCAGCUCCCAUGGAUACUGCUAUUACAUCAAGCCCUCAUCUAGAACAUACACCUGAAUCCACCCAUACCCCAGAUGUUUGGAUGAGUCGUGGGAGCACCCAGACGGCUCAAUACAAUAAGAUACCCUCGGAAGAGCUCGGCAGGGGACGUCAAACUUCAGAUCGACUAUCACCAUCGAAAGAGCAUGACUUCGGGCACACCUCAGAGCGAGCCGAUAUUCCGAGCCAGGAUAUGAACCGUGACAGCGCCCAGGGGGUACACCACAGCAUUACCCCUGAUGAUGGCCACACCAUUUCUAGAUCAGGGGCCGGCACUUCCGGUCCACGAACGUCCAGCGGUGACGCCGAUUUGCAAAGGCCCAGUGAAAAGCGGGAUGCAGGGAAUCCACCGGCAGAGAACAAAAAAGACCGCAUGGAGGGUACUCUGGACAGUGACAUCAAUGGAGAAAAAGUGAAUGGCAUCGCAGGGGUAAUACCCAUAUCGGGCAAUGCUGGCCCAACCACCACGAAGACAUUCGAUCCACAUGCGACUGUGGAUGGCGGUAACCACUACAACAAAAACAAUGGGUCCUCCAUCCCCAGCGGUCAUCGUAACGGUGAUACGAAACACAGUCAGGACAGCUGCAUUCACUCUUCUGAUCUCGGUAGUAGUAGCUACAACAGUAGCGGUAGUGGUCCCGUGCACAAUGCGGAGGAACCUAUUGACAGCCAAACCCCUGGGAAGACUAGCGCUGGCAUGACAUCUGAGGCAGAGGGUACUGAGCCUAUCAAUUAUCAGAGAGCUGUGUGAGUAGGUAGUCUUUACGAAGACUUAUAUGAUCAUGAACUUUGUGCAGUACUUCGUCCUCAAUGCAUGGGUAUUCUGAAGAUCCACUUAAAGAGACAGUUAAUGAUAGGAAGCAUGUUGAGUUUCUAAGCAGGAAACUCCUUUAACCACCAGAUGGCAGUUGAAGCCCUGAAAUAUCGCUGAAUCUACUAUUGGAAUUAUUAGACUCUUAUCAUGGUGAUUGCAAAUAUGUAUCAUAAUGAAGUUGAUUAUUAUGAAACUAUUGAGGUUGCCUGGUAAAGGCGGCAACAUACGGCAGAACUUACCAGCCUCCAGACCAAACCAAUACUGGGAUGUAGCGGAAUCGCCGUAUGGCGAUAUCCCGGCGUUGGUCCGGCACAAUGGCCGGUGGUUUUGCCAAAUGGUUCCGCCUUUGGCGGAUAUCUUGUGGUUCCGGCCACCUUGUUAGUUCCAGGAAUAAUAUGAACU